GCACUAACACUAAUACUAGUGCUGCAUCAUCCAUUCCACAGCAACCACAGAUACAAAAUCGUAUUACUCCUGUUUCAAGGCCGUCAAAAUUACCACCUGAACUUUUAACAGCUGAGCGUGAACGCAGGUUGAAUGCUCGAAUAGCACUGAGACUUCAAGAAUUAACUAGUCUCCCAGCAUCAAUGCCAGAAGAUUUGAGAAUUAAGGCUGAGAUUGAACUGAGAGCUUUAAGAUUAUUAAACUUCCAGAGGUCACUAAGAGCAGAGGUUAUUGCAUGCAUGCAAAAGGACACCAUGUUGGACACUGCUUCACUUGCAAAAAAGAGACCAAAAAAAUUUAGUUUACGUGAAGCGAGGGCUACGGAGAAAUUGGAGAAACAACAGAGGCUUGAGGCAGAACGAAAAAGACGCCAGAAACACCAGGAGUUCCUAAAUGCUGUUCUUCAGCAUGGUAAAGAUGUGAAGGAAUACUUCCGGAACAAUUAUGCGCGGAUACAACGUCUUAAUCGUGCUGUCAUGACUCACCAUGCUAAUGCAGAGAGGGAACAAAAGAAGGAGCUAGAGAGGAGAGCAAGAGAGAGAUGGAGGCGGCUAAUGGCAGAAGACGAAGAAGGCUACAGAAAGCUGAUUGAUCAGAAAAAAGAUAAACGGCUAUCACUCCUCCUCCAGCAGACUGAUGAGUACAUAGCAAAUCUAAAAGAUAUGGUGAAGCAACACAAAGCCGAGCAGUAUCGUAAACGGCGUGAAGAAGAGAUGGAACAGAAGAAGAAACGGAAGAAGUGGAAACGUGUUGUUGAACCAGAAAUGAUUGACAGUCUGCUUGAUGAGAGUUCUCAGAUGGCUGAUAGAAUUGCAUUGUUACAUACAGCUACUGGUCAGAUGUUGCGUGGGGACCAGAUGCCAUCAGGUGGUCAACUACAGACUUGGUUGGAAUUGAAUCCUGGAUGGCAAGUUGUAUAUGACGAUGAGAAUGGUGCCGAUGAUGAUAGUGACAAUGACUCACAGCAAGAUGAAGAUUAUCGAGGGUUGUGUGAUGAAAUUGUGCCUGAUUUACACAAGAACGAAAACCAACACAUGAGAACUGGAGAGAAUUUAUCAGAUGAGGAGAUGAUGCAGGCAGUGAUUCAGAAAGCUAAAGCUGAAGAUGAUGAAUAUAAGAACACUACCGAAGAACAGACAUAUUACAGCAUUGCUCAUUCAAUUAAUGAAAAAAUUACGGAACAAGCAUCCAUAAUGGUGAAUGGGAAACUAAAAGAAUAUCAAAUACGAGGUUUGGAAUGGCUUGUGUCUCUGUACAACAACAGCCUGAAUGGUAUAUUGGCUGAUGAAAUGGGUUUGGGAAAAACAAUACAAACAAUAGCAUUAAUAACAUAUUUGAUGGAGAAAAAGGAAGUUCAUGGACCGUUUCUUAUUAUUGUCCCACUUUCCACGCUGUCAAAUUGGGUGCUAGAAUUCGAGAAGUGGGCACCAUCAGUGUGUGUGGUAGCAUACAAAGGAUCCCCUUCCAUUCGACGCAGUCUGCAGACCAAAAUGCGAACUUCAAGAUUUAAUGUACUGCUAACAACCUAUGAAUACAUAAUAAAAGAUAAAUCAGUUCUUUCAAAGUUUCGGUGGAGGUUUAUGAUUAUUGAUGAGGGUCAUCGCAUGAAGAAUCAUCAUUGCAAAUUGACUCAGAUUUUGAAUGCGCAUUAUAAUGCACCACACAGACUCCUACUGACAGGAACACCUUUGCAAAAUAAGCUGCCAGAAUUGUGGGCAUUGCUUAAUUUCUUGCUGCCAUCUAUUUUCAAGUCUGUGAGCACAUUUGAGCAGUGGUUCAAUGCACCAUUUGCUCUAACUGGUGAAAAGGUUGAAUUAAAUGAGGAAGAGACAAUACUAAUUAUACGUCGUCUUCACAAAGUUCUACGCCCAUUUUUGUUAAGACGACUGAAGAAAGAAGUGGAAUCUCAGUUACCAGAUAAAGUUGAAUAUAUAGUUAAGUGUGACAUGUCUGGACUUCAGCGUGUUUUGUACACUCACAUGCAGAACAAGGGAGUGUUGUUGACAGAUGGCUCAGAAAAAGGAAAGCAAGGUAAAGGUGGCACAAAAGCACUUAUGAACACCAUUAUGCAACUUAGGAAAUUAUGUAAUCAUCCUUUCCUGUUUCAACACAUUGAAAAGGCCUACUGCGAUCAUAUUGGUUAUCAAGGAAGUGUUAUAGUAGGACCAGAUCUUUGCCGAGCUUCUGGGAAAUUUGAACUUCUGGAUCGUAUCCUGCCAAAAUUGAAGGCAACAAACCACAGAGUCCUUCUGUUUUGCCAGAUGACACAACUCAUGACAGUUAUGGAAGAUUAUUUGGGAUGGAGAGGUUUUCGUUAUUUACGCCUAGAUGGAACAACAAAGGCUGAAGAUAGAGGAGAACUUUUACGGAAAUUUAACGAUCCUGGAUCAGACUACUUCGUCUUCCUGUUGAGCACUCGAGCUGGUGGUCUCGGCCUCAAUUUACAGUCAGCAGAUACAGUUAUUAUCUUUGACUCUGACUGGAAUCCUCAUCAGGAUUUGCAAGCUCAAGACAGAGCACACAGAAUUGGUCAGAAGAAUGAAGUCCGUGUCUUACGUUUAAUGACUGUUAAUUCUGUAGAAGAACGUAUCUUAGCAGCUGCUCGUUACAAAUUGAAUAUGGAUGAGAAAGUUAUACAAGCAGGGAUGUUUGACCAAAAGUCCACAGGUUCUGAGAGACAGCAGUUUCUGAAGAGCAUACUACAUCAAGAUGAAGCAGAUGAUGAGGAGGAAAAUGAGGUACCAGAUGAUGAAACAGUCAACCAAAUGAUAGCACGUGGCGAAUCUGAGUUUGAGCUUUUUCAAAAGAUGGAUGCAGAGCGAAGGCAGACAGAAAUGAGCAGUGGUGGACAGUGCAAACCUCGACUGAUGAGCGAGGAUGAACUUCCUGCUUGGCUUGUGAAAGAGAGUGAUGAGGGGGUAAAAUGGACUGAGGAAGAGGAGGAAGAUGAACAUAGUUAUGGAAGAGGUUCAAGACAGCGUAAAGAAGUUGAUUACUCUGACCGUCUUACUGAUAAAGAAUGGCUUAAGGCCCUGGAAGAGGAUGAAGAAGAUGGUGAAGAGGAACAAGCAGUGCAUCGAUCAAACAAGAAAUCACGCAAACGUCAGCGGCUUGACCUUCCGGUCUCACCAGCACCCAACAUUUCAGGGGAACCUCACAAGAAACGCCGUAAUCGUGAUCAAGUCUCCAAUUUAGAAUCAGUAAAUCUGAAGUUGCAGAUGAAAGAAUUACUUGAUGUUGUUAUAGGUUAUGCUGAUAGUGAUGGCCGGUACAUAAGUGAGCCAUUUAUGGAACUGCCUUCGAGAAAGGAACUUCCUGACUAUUAUAAAAUCAUAAGGCGGCCUCUCGAUAUUAAAAAGCUUAAGCAAAGGAUUGAAGAUAACAAGUAUGUGUCUAUGAAUGAUCUAGCUAAAGAUUUUAUACUGAUGUGCCGUAAUGCCCAGAAAUACAAUGAAGAAGGUUCAUUGAUUUAUGAAGAUUCUAUUGUUCUUGAAAGAGUGUUCACUGUGGCAAGACAGCGAAUGGAAUCUGGUGACUGCAGUACUACACAAGUAAAACACGAAGAUAAUGAUAUUGUUGUUGUCCAGCCUGAGGAAGAAACCGUGAAACUCCGUAUAAAGUUGAAAGGGCUUGGAAACAGCAUAAAUUAAGCCGCUGAAAUUGUGAUUUCAAGACAUCCAUGAAAAAGCUUAUUGACGCUAAACAGGAAGGAGCUUUUGAAAUAAGGAAGAAGAUACAAAGGAAAAAUGAGCAA